AUGGCGGAUGAAGAGCACGACCAGCUGACGGCUAUGACACCAGCGCAAAGGAGACUGUUUGAGCUACGCAUGAAGAUAAAUGCAGGAAGAAAGGCGAAUAAGCAGGAAGUAGCGGCGGAACAUGAACGCGUAAAGAAUAAUGAUAAGAAGGCGAAGAAGCAAGAGCAGUACAAGAAACGAGAGGAGAAGAAGCUGUUUGCAGCAAGUGGCAAAGCUCAUCUUUGCGAAACAGCUGAGGUAGCUGAACUUAAGAGGAAGAAAGCUAGCAAGAAGGAAAAGAGAAAAGCUGCGUUUGGAUGGGACGUUUUUAACCAAGACUCGCUAUACAAAGGCUACAAGAAGCGACUAGUGAGUCUGCCUACAUCAGGACAUACCACGUCUUCUGCAGCUAUCACUAGCGAAGAUGCGCUUGGUGACGAACUGGCGUAUGGCAAGAACGACAAAGUAGAAGAGGAAAAUGUUGAGCGCAUGGCACAGGAGCUAGAGGAGCGUGUCAAAGCACGCAAGAAAUUUAGUCGUCGGCGUCAGCACUACGAGGGCGAAGACAUUGAUUAUAUCAACGGCCAGAAUCGCGUCUUCAACCGCAAAGCAUCGCAAGCUUUCGACAAAUACACGGUGGAAAUUCGACAGAAUCUCGAGCGUGGCACAGCGUUGUAG